AUGGCGCUACAGUUUAUUAGCCAGAGCCCGAGCGGGAUAGGCAGCUCUGACAGGCGCAUCAUCCGCUCCCACGUCAUGCGAGGCAAGAAUACGGGCAAGCAGCGCCGAUCAGCCAAGAAGCAGAAGACUGUUGUAGAGCUCAAGCACGUCUUGAAUGCUCCAAAAUCCGGAUACGUGAUGCCGCGGCAGGUGCUCUGGGGCGACCUGUGUCUCACUUCGUUCCCUCAAGAGCUCGACUCCGGUUCCACGGCGCUCAUGCAUCGGUGGUUCUUUGACAUUAGCGAUGCGUUGUUUCCGCCGCAGUUCUGUACCAAGUACGAUAUUAUAAAGUCGAUCUGGGUCAACUACGUUCUAGCAGAUGAAGCAUAUUUUCAUAGCACUUUGGCUAUAUCCUCAUCUUACGUUGACUUCUUCCAGCGGAAACCAGCAAUAUCUCCCAAAACGCUUCACCACAUCUCACAGGCGUAUGCUUUGGUCAACAUUAAACUGUCGGGUCCUUUUUCCGUAUCCGACAGCGCCAUAGCUGCUGUGGUCAGCCUCGCCAUCUACCAGCAAAUACAUCACCAGCCUGCAACGGGACUGGUCCAUCUCCACGGGCUCUAUCGCAUGAUUCAGCUGCGGGGUGGGAUUGCCCGGCUGAUGCAAGAGAAUCGUGCGCUGGCACUGAAGCCGUUGAGGCUCGAUGUUGAAUUAGCAAUGCAAAAUGGCACACACACCCUGUUUCGCGGCGAUGAAGUACCCGUUCACCCGGUCCUAUGCGACCCGGACGUCGGCAGCGGCCAUUCCCCAGGAGCUGCCCCAUGGAUGCCACUCAUCAUGCUCGAUCUGUUCAGCUUCUCAAGGCUGCUAAACAAGGUAGAGAGGAGGCAGGGACUGAAGCUUGACCCUCUAGACUAUACGGAGACACUUGUGUCGCUCCUUUAUCGCCUCGUGGAUAUCUCGCCUCUAAUGCAAGCGUCUACUGAGCCCGGAGGACGUUAUGGCGAGGUGACAUACCUUGCGAUGCUGGCAUUUAUGACGACAUUGGACCAUGCAAGACCUUUGCGUCACAGCAUCGGAGUCUUUGGACUCUGA